AUGGGAACUUUAGCAUUAACCAACGAAAAGACCACUGCAAAUUUUUUAAUUAUCGAUACCAAUGCUUUAAUUUCUGGUGUUAGAUUAGAAACUUUAGGUAAAGAACUUUGGACCAUCCCAGAAGUUUUAGAAGAAGUUAAAGAUAAGAAAACUAGUGACUUUGUUACUGCUUUUCCAUUCGAAAUUAAAACUAGACAACCAACUCCAGAAUCAGUUAAAGCAGUUAUUGAUUUCUCAAUGAAAACUGGUGAUUAUCCAUCUUUAUCUGCCCCUGAUAUUAAGCUUAUUGCUUUAGCCUAUACUUUUGAAGCCGAAGUUAAUGGUACUGAACACAUAAAAACUGAACCAGAAAAGAUUCAAGUUACAACUUCAAAACCACAACAAACCUCAAUUAAUAGUAAAUCAUUUAACCCAUCAGAAAAUAAUAAUAACAACAACAACAAUACUAAUAAAAAAGAAAAGAAACCAAAACAACCAAAAGAACCAAAAGAACCAAAAGAACCAAAAGAACCAAAAGAAAAAAAUAGUAAGAAAAACAAAUUAGUUGUUAAUUUAGAUAAAAUUGAAGAAGAAGUUUCAAAAGAAAAAGUAGUAGAUCCAAAUGAAGUACUUAGACAAUUAAAACAAAAGCAAGCUGAAGAAGCUGAAGAAAGAAAGAAGAAUAGAACUAUUUCAAAAGAAGACGAAGGUGAAUGGAUCACACCAGAUAAUAUUUCAAAGGUUUCAACUACUUAUGUUCAAGAAAAAGUUCAUUAUGAUGUUGGUUGUAUUACUAAAGAUUUCUCAAUGCAAAAUGUUAUCCUUCAAAUGGGUCUUCAUUUAAUUAGUGUAGAUGGUGUUGUUAUCAAACAAGUCAAACAAUUCGUUUUAAAAUGUGUUGCAUGUUUAAAUAUUACAACUGAUAUGGAAAAAAUAUUUUGUUCACAUUGUGGUAAUAAAUCUUUAUAUAAAGCAACAACCUAUGUUGAUAGAAAUGGUAAUCAAAGAGUAUCAGUUGGUUCUGCUAAGCAAUUUAAUUUAAGAGGUACCAUUUUUUCAAUUCCAAAACCAAAGGGUGGCAAGAAACAUAGUGAUAUGAUUGUAACUGAAGAACAAUAUAUACAUAGAUUAAAAGUCACUGGUCAAUAUUAUAAAAAGAAGGUUUCAAAGGAAAUUAAUUUAGACGAUCUUGAAAUGGGUUUUGGUCAUACUGGUCCAUCAGAUAAUAUUGUUAUUGGUUAUGGUAAUAAAAAUCCAAAUAUUGCACGUAAGAGAAUCGGUAAAAAGAACAAAUCAAUUUCAAUCUUUUAA